AUGCCAUUAUUCAAAUCAAGAUUAUUAUUACUUAAGUCUAAAAUUACGUUAUAUAAAGUCAUAGUUAAACUAUUUGCUUUAUAUGCAUGUAGUGCAUGGGCUACGACAAAAUCAGAUAAAAAAGUUUUUGGGAGAAAGAUAUUAAGAAAGAUCUUUGGUUCAAAGAAAAAUAACAUUGGCGAGUGUGAAAUGAGAAACAACGAAGAAUUGGAUAAUCUUUGUAAAGAACCUACUAUUAUUGGGACACCUAAAAGCACAAGAAUAAGCUGGGUAUGGCACAUAUGGAGAUCGGAAGGAAUAAUUGGAUUAAUAACUAAAUUUAAACCUCUACAUUAAGAGACCUAAAGGACGACCUAGACAGAGAUGGGUGUACAGAAUACAGGAAGAUUUAAAAUUUCUGAAUUUAAGAGAUGCAGAAGAAUGUGUGAAAGAUAGAGAGGGAUGGAGACAUAAUGUUGUUUUUGGAUUUUACAGACCUUUAAAGCCCAGAAGAAGAAGAACUUGUUGA